GGCUGGGGGCUCCCGGCGCGGGGGACGCUGGUGGCCAAGAUGGCGGCGGAGCUGGUGGAGGCUAAAAACAUGGUGAUGAGUUUCCGAGUCUCCGAUCUUCAGAUGCUCCUGGGUUUCGUUGGUCGGAGUAAGAGUGGACUUAAGCACGAACUUGUCACCCGGGCCCUGCAGCUGGUCCAGUUUGACUGUAGCCCUGAGCUGUUCAAGAAGAUCAAGGAGCUCUACGAGACACGCUACGCCAAGAAGAACUCAGAGCCCGUCCCUCAGCCCCACCGGCCCCUGGACCCCCUGACCAUGCACUCAACGUACGACCGGGCUGGCACAGUACCCAGGACUCCCCUCACAGGCCCCAAUAUUGACUACCCUGUCCUUUACGGGAAGUACUUAAAUGGACUCGGACGGUUGCCCACCAAGACCCUCAAGCCAGAAGUCCGCCUGGUGAAACUGCCCUUCUUCAAUAUGCUGGAUGAGUUGCUGAAGCCGACGGAGCUGGUCCCACAGAACAGUGAGAAGCUCCAGGAGAGCCCGUGCAUCUUUGCGCUGACACCGAGGCAGGUGGAGCUGAUCCGGAACUCCAGAGAACUGCAGCCCGGGAUCAAGGCCGUGCAGGUUGUCCUGAGAAUCUGCUACUCGGACACCAGCGGCCCUCAGGAGGACCAGUAUCCACCCAACAUCGCAGUGAAGGUCAACCAUAGCUACUGCUCGGUCCCGGGCUACUACCCGUCGAAUAAGCCCGGCGUGGAGCCCAAAAGGCCCUGCCGCCCCAUCAACCUGACCCACCUCAUGUACCUGUCCUCAGCCACCAACCGCAUCACUGUCACCUGGGGCAACUACGGCAAGAGUUACUCCGUGGCCUUGUACCUGGUGCGGCAGCUGACCUCCUCGGAGCUGCUGCAGAGGUUGAAAACCAUCGGGGUCAAGCACCCAGAGCUGUGCAAGGCAUUGGUCAAAGAGAAGCUGCGCCUGGAUCCUGACAGCGAGAUCGCCACCACCGGCGUGCGUGUCUCCCUCAUCUGCCCGCUGGUGAAGAUGCGGCUUUCGGUGCCCUGCCGGGCGGAGACCUGUGCACACCUGCAGUGCUUCGACGCCGUCUUCUACCUCCAGAUGAACGAGAAGAAGCCCACCUGGAUGUGCCCCGUGUGUGACAAGCCGGCUCCCUAUGACCAGCUCAUCAUCGAUGGGCUCCUCUCCAAGAUUCUGAGCGAGUGUCAGGACGCCGACGAGAUUGAGUACUUGGUGGACGGCUCGUGGUGCCCCAUCCGCGCCGAGAGGGAGCGCAGCUGCAGCCCGCAGUGCCCCAUCCUCGUGCUCGGUGAGUGCCUCCGGCUGCCUCUCAUCCUGCCAGCGGUGUGUUUAUCUGAGAGAGGCGCGGGACGUUGUCUUCCCCCAGACGGGGUGGGCCGGCCAGCGUCAGGGCUGCUGAGCCCUGCGUGCCCCUGCGCAAGGCCCCGGGCGCCUGCUCGGCCUGAAUUGGGGUGCACAGCGCCGUGAGGCAGGUGCUGAGGCCCGGAGUUUGCCCUGUCCCUCGCCCGCCUGGGUUCCCAGCGUGUGGGUCAGUCCGGGUCCUGAGCGUCUG